AUGGGCGAUCCACAAGCUAUCAUUGAAUUGCUUCGCGAAAAUGUUAGCUGUAAUUCUGGAGAAUCAAAUCAAAUCCAAUAUUUCAAAUAUGGCAUUCAAUUGAUAUAUGUGUUACCGUUAGGAUUACUGUAUUUAUCGUUCAUGAUUACAAUUAUGAAACGGAAAAAGGAUCGCGAGUUGUUCGAUGAUUCUUUUUUUACGUUGCUCUUGGCUGAUGGAACUAUAACUCUAUACUUUCUCAUGGUGGACACCAGUUUCUUCAGACUAACCUCAUAUGUUCGCCCAGUGUGUGAAUUCCUUAUCCCAUAUCUCAAAGACCCAUCGUACAUUUUGACCCCAUUUUAUACGUCCUAUAUGUAUGCACAAUUGGCUAAAAUGCUGUCAACAUUGGCAAUGAGUGUGAACCGAUACACUUCUGUGAAUCACCCAGUACAUCAUAAAGUGUUCUGGAUGCAAUAUUGCUCUAAAGUCAUUGUUGCAAUAUUUGUAAUCCCAUGUUUCUGCGUAUGGCCGGUCGCUAUUGGAACCACAAGUUUCCUCCCAUUCAACGGUAACGGUGUCAUAAACUAUGAGCACGUCAUACCUUGGGCUCGAACCACAUACGGAAGACUUUUGAUCUCAAUUCCAACUCUCUUUUUCACAAUCUAUUCCAGUAUUGUGACGUCUGCAAAACUCAAAAAACUGGGAGGACACAUGAAACAAGUUGAGUUCUCUAUGAAUGUUGCGACAGUUUUCACAGCGUGUGGAUUCGUGUUGGUAGUGGCUUUGCAAGUCAGCUAUUUGCUUCUAGAUGCUGAAACAUUGUUGGACAAAAUGUGGCUGACUAAGGUUAUUUUAGCAGCGACACAGAUUAGUAACGAUUUUUAUAUGCUGAGUGGUCCCGUGGUUCUAUUGAUACUGGACAAACGAAUGCGAUUUUCCAUUUGCUGUAGUAAUCGGAAGAAAGGAUCUAGAAGGGCAACUAAAGUUUCU